AUGGCAUGCAUAAGCGCUAUUUUCAUCAUUGACAUGAAAGGGAAAGUUAUCAUCAACAGGAAUUAUAGAGGUGAAGUGAACAUGAACCUGACGGAAGUGUUUUACAAUUGUGUAAUUGACCAGGAAGAUAAUUUAAUAAAGCCAAUAUUUCAUGUGAACGGAUUAACAUACUGUUGGAUUGCAUAUAACAAUAUAUACAUCCUAGCAGUAACCAGAAAAAAUAGCAAUGCAACAUUGAUCAUUACAUUUUUAUACAAAUUAAUUCAAGUACUGAAAGAUUAUUUUAAAGUGUUAGAAGAAGAAAGUAUAAAAGACAAUUUUGUAAUAACAUACGAAUUGUUAGAUGAAAUGAUUGAUAAUGGAUUUCCUCAAUUGAGUGAAGUAAAAAUAUUAAGAGAAUAUAUAAAAAAUAAAGCACACCAGUUAACUGUUAAUAAUAUAAAAAUACCAUCAGCUAUUACAAAUUCGGUAUCUUGGAGAAAUGAGGGAAUAAAAUAUAAAAAGAAUGAAAUUUUUUUAGAUGUCAUUGAAAGUUUAAAUAUAAUAAUUUCAUCCAAUGGCACAGUUUUGAGAAGUGAAAUCCUUGGAUGUCUGAAAAUGAAAUCCUAUUUAUCAGGCAUGCCUGAAUUAAAACUUGGGUUAAAUGAUAAACUUCUCUUCAAUAAAAAUGUAAAUUUUUCAAAUAACAGUAGUACUGGAGGAGGAGGUGGUGGAUCUGCUGCUACAAAUUCGCACAAUACUUUAAAUACAGCUAAUGGCACGAACACUUCUAAUAUAACCAAUGUAAGUACUACGACAAACAGAACCAAACUUGUUGAAUUAGAAGAUAUGAAAUUUCAUCAAUGUGUUCGCUUAUCUAAAUUUGAAAAUGAUAGAACGAUUUCUUUUAUCCCACCAGAUGGUAUAUUCAAUCUUAUGACGUAUCGUUUAAGCACACAUGUGAAACCUCUGUUCUGGCUAGAUAUUAAUAUAUCGAAAAAAUCUCUAACAAAAAUUGAAUAUGUGGUAAAGGCCAAAUCUCAGUUUAAAAAUAAAAGCAUUGCAAAUAACGUAGAAUUUCAUUUACCUGUCCCUGCAGAUGUAGAUUCACCACACUUUCAAACAUACAUAGGAACUGUAAAAUAUUAUCCUGACAAAGACAUGCUAAUAUGGAAAAUAAAACAAUUUCAAGGGCAAAAAGAAUACAUUAUGAAUGCACAAUUUGGAUUGCCAUCCAUUGUUUCUAAUGAAAAUAAGGACUUAUAUUACAAAAGACCUGUAAAUGUCAAGUUUGAAAUUCCUUAUUUUACUGUUUCUGGGAUUACUGUGAGAUACCUCAAAAUUAUUGAGAAAAGUGGUUAUCAAGCUUUGCCUUGGGUAAGAUACAUUACACAAAAUGGAGACUACCAAGUUAGAAUUUCAUAA